UUACUGAUACUCGAUCAUUACGUGACUGAAAAAAAAAAAAAGGAAGUCAUUUCAUGAAUAAAAAUCGGAGCGCAACAGUGCACUACAGAUAUUCUGGACUUCAAGGCACUAGCCCGAGAACAUCAUCAAGUCCUCCUCCUGCUUAAUUCCCGCGGCUUCUCUCCCCGAGACAGACAACAACGCCAGACCGUGGUGAUGCCUCUCAGGUUGUGACUCCAGCGCAGAAACUCCCAAGGAGCCCUGGUUGGUGGUGCCCGCCGUCCUACGUUGGCAUCACACCCUCUGCUAGCAGCGGAUGGCCAUGUGUAGCCGGGCGAGGCUGGCCCUGCUGGUCUACGGGAUUAUAAUGCACAGCAGCGGGUAUUGCUCACCGGCCACCUCCGGACUCCGCUUCCCCGGGCUCAGCAGGUCAGAGGACGAGGCUUAUGACGAGGAUGGAAACCCACUGCAGGACUUUUACGAAUGGGACCCGCCGGGCGCCCUGAGCCCCGCCUACGCCGUCUACUACCCGGCAGAACGAAGAGACGUCGCCAAUGAGAUCCUCCACAAGGCCUACCGCAAGGUCCUGGGCCAGCUGUCGGCCAGGAAGUACCCGCAGUCUCUCGUGACCAAGGGCGCGGGGGGGACCCCGGGCGGGGGCGGCGCGGAUGACUACGACUCGCCCCUCUCCAAACGCCACUCGGAUGGCAUCUUCACGGACAGCUACAGCCGCUAUCGGAAACAAAUGGCCGUCAAGAAAUACUUGGCGGCCGUCCUAGGGAAAAGGUAUAAACAAAGGGUUAAAAAUAAAGGACGCCGAAUAGCGUUUUUGUAGCGAUGAGUUACCAGCUACCUUGUGUAUACAAUGAGAAGUCAUUUUUUUUUUCCAAAACUGACUGAAGUCAUCGCUCAUGUGUUCUAUCCAAACAUGUAUUUAUGUAUGAAGUAAAGCCAUUAAAUGAAUAUUUUGAUAACGAUAUUGUUUUUUUUUUCUUUUUACAAAGCACGAGAGAAUGCACAGAUAUACUUUGUGGACCAAUUAUUGAUAUAUAUUAUAAAUAUAUAUUAAGAAUAUAAGUAUAGUAGGAAGCAAUUCAUACGAAGCCUGCACAAGGAUUGAAAAUUCGCCUGAGCUGUUUAUGUUUUUAUAUAAAAUAAAUAGAAAAAAAUAGACAAUCAUUGUUUUAAAUAUUACUCCUAUUUUUGUAAACUGGAAUUCAAAGGAUAGUAUUUUUAUCCACAACAGGCCUGAAGAUAUUAUUAUUGACCAUUUGCUACUGUACAUAAAAAAAAAAAAGAUGCCCUGCCUUUUAGGGGACUCUGAGGUCAUGAUUCGGAGAAUUGCUGGAAGGCUUUCAUUCCCAGCGAGUCCCUGGGGCCGGCUGCUUGAAUCCCAGCCUAACUCAUUCCUGUGAGCAUUUGUCCCCAGUGGCUGGGUGGCCACUCCAAUCCUUUCGCUUUAUUUUGAUUUACUUUUAUGUGUAUUUGUCUGUCUCUUCAGACUCUCAGCCCAGAAGGAAAAUUCGAAUAAAACAACAGCUCGAUCCAAAUUGUGCUUGCCCCCCCCCCCCCGAAAUUCAAGUCAUUCCCCUGGAGAAAGAGGUGAGGAGUUGUACGGAAGGGAGAAAGCUCUCUCUUCUGGACUUCAUCCUGUUUCUCCAGGGAACCUAAAAAAAAAAAAAAAAAUUCCCAAGGUUAGGGCAAUUGGAACAAAAAUGAAG